AUGACGGUCGUCUCCGUACGCCUUUAUGGCAUGUCGAAGAGAGAGUUUGGAUUCCCUCGCUCACAUCUUAUUGCACGAAUGCCGCUAUCUUUACCGGAUCAAUUCCUGCUUAACGUGCUGCGCAUGCUUACUACUUUAACCACGCGAAAUCUCUUUGUCAAGGACCGUGAAUGGAUGGUCAAAACCGCCUGUCGCCUGAUGAGUCCUCGUUUAUGCCAUCGUGAUUUGGUCGAUGCGGCCAAUCAUCUUCUCCGAGUCCUUCUGGUUGACAGCGUGCACGAUUACUACGCAAGGAAGGACCUCGUCAUCAUUAAUGAUCUGGCGGUCUUUUCUCGUGGAAAAGUGCCCAUUCCAACUGACCUGAUGGCUGAUUUUGCGUUGCAGCUGAAGUACAUGAUGUGUACGCGUUGGAAGCAAUUUUGGAGCAUUGUCAAAAGAAAGUUUGGAAGUUCUGUUGGGAUCAUGUCUUUCCUGCAUAGGGAAGUGGCUGCUGCAGCUGCUCUGAACGCUCCUGUCAGCGUAUCUGAUCCUUUACCAGCACUGGAGCUGUACACUGUAUUGUUAUUCAUUCUCCUGUCUGUGAAUGACCCACACUCGAAGCAGCUCACGCAGGAGUAUCUGAAUCUCUACACUGAUCCAAGGACUUCCCAUAUUGCGCAUCGUGUUCGCCUUGUCGGGCAGUCGCUCAUCUACUCCUUCGCACUUACCACAAGGAAUGACAGAUCUCAAGCACGAUCGAUGAGCUCGUCAACGAAAGUUAUGCGCUGGGGAGGCCUGCGUCCUUUCUUCAAUCGCACCAAAAUACUAAGUGCAGAUGAAGAUCCAGUACAAAUGGAGUUUCUUAUGGGACCACUGAACUCAGUCGAUAUUCUUACCCAGAAGAACAGCGAU